CUAGUUUUCUUGAGAGAAGGGAAACCAAACCACGCAAAUUUGUAUACUACGCCCAAAUCGCCAAAUCUCUUACUUUAAUUUUACCACAAAAUCUUUCUUAGCUCUCCGAUCAAAUCAUCAAUUCCGAAUAUGAACUCGGUGGACUCAAUUCCAGCUAAAAAUAGCUUAUUAAGCUCUCAAGCAGAAUCUGAAAGAACUCUGUACCCGUACGUGACGGGCACAUCGGUGAUCGGCAUCAAGUACAACGAUGGUAUUCUCUUGGUUGCUGACAUGGGAGGUUCCUAUGGGUCCACCCUGCGUUACAAGAGUGUGGAACGAUUGAAGCCAGUGGGGAAGCAUUCUCUUAUUGGUGGGGGUGGAGAAAUCAGUGAUUUCCAGGAGAUAUUACGCAAACUCGACGAGCUUAUCUUGUAUGACAAUAUGUGGGAUGAUGGGAACUCGUUGGGCCCUAAAGAGGUGCACAGUUAUCUAUCUCGGGUGAUGUACAACCGCCGCAACAAGUUCGAUCCAUUUUGGAAUUCACUUGUACUUGGUGGAAUGAAAAAAGGACAGAAGUAUCUUGGGACGGUCAAUAUGAUUGGUGUACAUUAUGAGGACAAUCAUGUUGCAACUGGAUUUGGAAAUCACCUGGCACAGCCUAUUCUUCGGGAUGAAUGGCAUGAGAACUUGAGUUUUGAAGACGGUGUCAAGUUAUUGGAGAAAUGCAUGCGUGUGCUUUUGUAUCGUGAUAGGUCUGCUAUCAACAAGCUUCAGAUAGCGAAAAUCACAGAAGAGGGUAUAACAAUAUCUCAGCCAUAUGCAUUAAAGACAUUCUGGAAUUUCUCUGCUUUUCAGAAUCCGACAUUGGGUGCUGAGGGGUCAUGGUAGCCAGUAGCAUCAUACUGCCCUUAAGUAAUGCCUUUGUGCGGACUAGAAAUGCAGGAAGUUGUGUGUGUGUGUGUGUAACGUAUAAGUUUGCUGCAUCUUUACUUUGAUGUAGAAGUUAUGUGGUAAUAUUCACUCUAUCCGUGCGUUUGGUUGAACCCGAUUUUUCUGAUGCUCUUCUUGGGAAUUUGUUCUGGUCCUAUUGUCCUAUGAUCAUUUACAUUCUCUUUUCUAUAUUGUUGAUUGCUCAUGAUCACUGUGCUUUUUGGUAGGGUAUUGAACUGUCUAUACUGCUUUGUUUUUUAUCUGGUAAGUGCCUGUCUAUAC